AUGCUCGGCGUGACGUACUGGAGCAAAGACGACGAAUGUAAUGCUGAGAAGUAUGACGACGCGAGAAGGGCGUGGGAACGCGAUUGGGGGUCGAGAUGUUGGAUGACGUAUCGACGCGGGUUCGAAGCGUUGGGAAGAACGAAGUGGAGGACGGACGCGGGGUGGGGAUGCACGCUCAGAAGCGCGCAGAUGAUGGUAGCAAAUGCGUUGAGCAUACAUACAAGAGGAAGACACUGGCGUCGACAGGUGAAGGCAAAAGAAGACGAUGAAAGUGUCGAUCAUGUUCUGAGCAUGUUUAUCGACGACGCGAGCGCGCCGUUUUCUAUUCAUAGCGUAUGUGAAACGACCACGGCGUGGGGCGCGCCGCCGGGACGAUGGUUUGAGCCGAGUGUGAUGUGUCGCGCGUUCUCGGCGUUGAUCGAGGCGAACGGCGAUCUUCGUAAUCAAAUUGCCGUGCACGUCGUGGGCGGCCAAAACGAAGAUGACAGCGCCGGUGGUGUGCCGACGAUCGAUGAUGGCGAGUUGCGAGCGAAGAGUGCGGACGUCGGCAAGGCGUUGCUGCUUUUCGUCCCGCUCGUUCUCGGCGUGGGAAGAAACAUCAACACUCGCUAUAUUUCGCAGCUUCGAUCGAUAAUCGCCUUCAAACAGUCCAUAGGUGUCAUUGGUGGUCGUCCAAACGCGUCGCUGUACUUGGUUGGACACUCGGACGACGUCUUCUUUUACCUCGAUCCUCACACAGUGCAGCCGGCGAAUUCGUUCGCCGAAGCCGUAGAUUUCGAUUCUUACUAUUGCUCGACCCCGUUGCAGAUGCGCGGCGAGCUGCUCGACCCAACGCUCGCGCUCGGGUUUUAUUGCCGCGAUGGCGAUGAUUUAGACUCCCUCUUCGCGAGCGUCAAAGCGCUCGCGGAAGCGAACGCCACGGCGCCAGUCCUCGACGUUCGCUCGGCGACCGAGGCGAAGGCGUUCGACGCUCGCGCGUCUUCCCCGUCCACCGCGCGCGGUCGCGCGCUCAAAGACGACGAAUUUCACGAUUGGGAGUUUCUCUAACUAACGUCCGCAUCGCGGC